AUCAAUGUUUAGGUGCAAAAAGAUAUACAAAAAAAGAUAAAAGAAGAAAAAGAAGAAGAAAUAGACGAAGGAAUAGAAAUAGCCACCAUUGUUGAUAUUAAAUCCAAAAAGCUUUUACAAGGAGAAGAAUUCAUAAUACAUAAAAAGCGGGGAGGCUUUCUCUAUCCUAGACCUAGUAUAUUUCCAUUGCCGCCAACUUUAAUAGAAACGGAAACGGAAACAAUCGAUACCAACGAUAAAGUAUUCAUAUAAAUAUCUUUAUAUAACGAAUACACUCUUAAAAUGAUAUGUAUAUACAGGUCGAUGAUAUAAAAGAGGUGAUCACAGAAGAGAUAAUAACAGAAAACAGUUUUGUGAAAUCCGAAAAUAUAGGGGUGAAGAGUAUGCAAUUCGACAUAUUUCCUAUAACAAUUUUAACACCGUACGAAGCAAGAGCGAUAGCCUCUGUCCUUCAGGAAUGCGUAGAUCAUUUAGCUAUCGUACGAUAUACCAUACCAGCAGAGAUCGAUGAUCGUUGGGACGAUAUCACGAAACCUAUAAACGAGAAAUACGGUGGCCCGGAAGAACCCCAUAUAAUCAUCAGGGAGGAAACUAAUUUACCACCAUUGAUGUUGUCGAAUGCGGAAAAAUUUCAGAGAGACAGAACUUAUAUGCACAAGAUUUUAAAGAUGACUCUCGAUGAAAUCAAACAUUAUCGAAAAUUCAACGUCCUCGAAGAGGAGGUCAAUGAUAUUAUGAGGAUGUUGGAGGACGAGAAUAAUCUUGAUAAAACUUGUACGUUCUGGGAAAAUCAAGUUAAUCAAUUACGACAAUUGAUCAAGGACGAAACGAGCAAGCAGGAACGUGAGAAGAGACAGUUGUUGAAAUCGGCUCAAAUGACAAAAGCGAAAAUCGAUGAUACUAUCUACGAAGUCGCAUUGAAAAUGGGUUACGUGGAGAACUGGGAAAAUGCGAGAUUUAAUCAGCAUUCGUUGAAAAUUACAACGGAAGAGCAAGAUCUUUUAAAUGAAAUCGACGAAUAUCAAAAGAAGCAGAUCAUAGAGAAAAUUGUUACUGACGAGAUAUGUGCUUACUAUCAGGAGAAUAUCAAAAAUAUGGAGAAUGAGAUGUUAGAAUGGUCCGAUCAAUACGACCAAGAGAUGGAAAAAAGACAACGAGAUAUAGACAAUUUAAAGGUAAAAGUUGAAGAACAAAAACUCGAAAUUCAAGAUUUGCAUAUUAUGAAAGACGAGAGACAGGAAGUUAUCGACAAUUAUCUAGCUGAAAUAAAGAGAUUAGAAGAGGAAGCUAAAUACCAAGCGCUUCUCAAUCAUGCCGCAACAGUUAUUCAAGCAGCAAUAAGAGGAUAUUUGGUGAGACACGAACUAGGUGAGUAUAAAAAUCUUCGAGCACGAUUACGUAAGAGAAAGAAAUUGGCAGCUGCGAAAAGAAGGAAAUUGGAAAAACAACGAAAGAUAUUGGAGGAGGAAGAAAUGAAGAAAUUGAAAGAUGCUAGGCUUAGAGGCAGAAUUAAGUGA